CUCUCUCACUUCGUCUGUUUGUGAAAAUGGCCGAAUUACUAUCCGACACUGAAUUGGAGGGAUGGAAGCAGUUUCUUCUAGAACUGAUUGCGAAGAAUCCGCAGAAGAAACUCAGCUUUCUUGUCACCGGUAAGACUGGCGUUGGCAAAUCCCGCUUGGUGAAUGCUCUUGUGGGGAGAAAUGUUGCGGUGGAAGGGCGACAGCGAGAUUCUUGCACAAACACUACAACUUCGCACAAAGUUGUAAUUGAAGGUAUUGACGUGCUUGUCUGGGAUUCUCCUGGACUUCAAGAUGGCGACGCUAAUUACCUUGAAAACUUGAAAUCUGUAAAUUCGAAACAUGGCCUUGAUGUCGUAAUUUACUGCCUCAAAAUGAACGACAAGAAAUUUUAUGUUGAAGACAAGAUGGCCAUUCGCAAGCUGACAGAGGGGUUUGGAAAAGAAGUUUGGAAAAAAACUGUGAUAGCUUUAACGUUUGCCAACACAAUUCAAGACCCAGAUGAGGAGGACCACGAAAUCUAUUUUCUGGAAGAAUUUACUGAGUGGGAAAGGCAAUUAAGAGGUGCGCCGAAUGGAAUCUUACGAAAUGAGCUAGAUAUCGAUUCCGAAGUACUCACGGCACUUCCCAUUGUCGCGGUUGGAAAUUCUACUGGAAAUCCCAAGAAGCCCAGACCGCUACCCAACGGUGAUAACUGGCUCAGUGAGUUGUGGUUAUGUUGCUAUUCUGUAAUGAGUGAUGCCGCAGGGAUAGCUCUGUUCAAGAUAAGCAAGCAUCGCUUAGUAUAUCCCGCAACUUCUAAAGCUCUGGCAGCAACCAAAAUUAACCCGACGGACAUUCCGGGCGAUAUACCUUUGACCGAGAAACAGCAAAAUACGCUUUGGACCAGAAUGUGGGAGUUAAUUAAGCGUGAGGCUCCGAAGGCUCUCGCCGGCUCUGGCUUUAUGGCAGUUGCAGGUUUCGUUAUACUUAAAAUCCUCUGAUUUAAUGAACAAUACAUCAACUCGGUGUGGCAAGUUUAAUUUUAAGGAAACUAGUCUUGAGUAACAAGAAGAAUAGCCUGCAAAAACAGCUUUUUGUAUUUAGAUAGAUAGAUAGAUAGAUAGCUUUAUUAAAAAUCCAUUGCAGCCCAAGGGCUGGAUUACGGACUGUACAAUACGUUGAAUACUAA